AUGGAUAUUUUGAAGCAAGAAAAAGUAAUAGAUCGUUUAGAGGACGGUAGUGAAGAUCUGCAAGAAAGGUUUAAAAAGAUGUUUUAUUCAAUGUUGGACGAUUUUUGCGUGGCUUUAUUAUACAAUGAGGCGGAUGAAAAAUUGUUGGAAGUUUUAUACGAUUUAUGGAUAUAUUUGAAAGAAUUGAAACUAGCGAGGUCGACAAUGGAAUAUGCCUUGAGUAGCAAAAGCGAAAGUGAUGAUCUUUCUGGCCUUUUGCCUAUUGAUUCAGGCACUCAAAAGAAUUUGUUGAUGCUCAAGAACAAACUCUCAUCUGGACUAUCAAGCGAGUUAAUCUCAGACGCUCUCAGUGCCCGCUUCAAGUUUCUAGAGCCAAUGAAGCUCGAUAUUGAAAAUCUGCAAAUACGACAGCAGAAAAAGAAUAAAAUCAAUGUUAAAUUAACUCUUAAAGACCAGUCACUUUCAUGGGAGGACUUCAUUGAUGCUAUCAAUAAUGCCGUUAAAAAUUUUCAGGACGAAACAAAAGUUGAAGAUAUACAUCGGCAAAAACUACGAUUUACAGAACCCUAUCUUUUGACGGAGGAGCCUCUUGAGGUUAUUUCUUUCGAAAAAGUUGAUCUUGUGGAAGAGAAAGUAGAGACUCCCCAAGAUACACUGACCGUGGAAGAAAGUGAGAAACAAGUGAUUUCGGAAAACAAACCCUUGGAUACAAGCAACGAUGCUGAAACAGAUGAGAAAAAUGAUGAACAACUGCAGGGGGAAGCUCAAGAAACUAGACAACAAAACUACAGAGCAUCAAAACGUUUGGCCAGAGUUGAGUCCAACCCUGAGAAACCGGAAGUUAUAGUGGAAAAGGAGCAUUUCAGUGGUGUUGACUACUUCAUCAGCAAACUAAAGGAGAUAGGCCGGUCCUUCGAUAUUGCUGACGUAUCCCUGGUGUAUUUGAAAAGCGUAGAUGCACCGAAAUAUUUGAACGAUUUUGUGACCAUCAUCAACAAUUGGGAUCCAAGCUUUACAAGAGCAUUUGGCUCAUUCAAUAUGAGAAAAUCACAAGCGGCGGAUGAUAAUGUUAAGUUGCUAGAAAUUUUGAGCAAUUUCAGUGAUAAUAUACGAAAGGGUUCAUCUUUGGACAAUGUUGUUGGUUUAUCCAACUUGGAAAACGAUGUUUUACUGGAUCUUACACGGAGAGAUGCCGAUUACAUAACAUUGAAGACCGAUAUCAUCAGGUACUUGCUUGGUUAUAAUGGAACUCUGCUUAUUCUAGGAUACAAAUGGAACCAAUCAAUGCUCUCUAAAUUCAAUGAGUGGGUAUUGCAAUUUGAAGGCUUUUUGACGAAUACCUUUGGUACCCUGCUUGAGGAUACGAGGAUAGCAGUAGGGGUUUUUGAAAAUUUGGUCGAUCAGUCAAUUAGCUUGGAGUCUCAAAUUAGACAUUCGAUCAACUCCAAACGAUUUAAUAAAGCAGUCACAAAUGGGUUGUGCUUGGAUCUGAUCAAGUAUAACGACACGAUUGCCAAGUGGUCGCAAAUCAUCAGUUCAAUGCUAUCUUCUGUUGUUGGAUCUGAGAAAGACAGGGCUAUCCUUAAUGCCAGAUUUAAAUGGAGCAAACUUUUGAAACAAAAGUCACAAACUGUAGCUUGGGAUACCAAUAAGUCCACGCAAGCUUUCCUUGAGGCUCUUCUUAGUUUCUUGACAAGAUGUGAAUUUGAUAUCAAUGUGCAAUACCCCAACUAUAAAAACUUUCCGGAUUUAAACAUUGAAAAUGUUAGAUCGCAGUUGACUGUUAUUUCAGUGCUCACAAUAUUCUGGAGAAUUUUGUUUUCGAGUCAUACUAAAGGUAAUGCGGAGGCAGUGGCUUUGUUGGAAGACAUAUUACUUGACCUGGAGAGGCCAAAGAGUGAAGCUAUUUUAUCGAUCAAGACUUUUAUGAGCACUGGAAACAUCGACAUGAAAUUGAGUUUGUGGAACAUAUUGCUUCAAUUUUACAAGCUGCUGGGAGUGGCUUCCAAACUUAUAUUUGGCUUUGGUAAAAGUGUUGGAGAGUUUAAUAACUACCUUGUUGGUGAUGAAUACUUAGGACUUCCUGAUAGCACUAGGCUCACAAUCCUAUGCAAGGUCUUGGGAUUUUACAACAAUAAUCUUAGUUACAUUGUACAACUUUUGGAAGUUCUGGAUUGGUGGCUUGGUGAAUCUAUGGACUUAAAGCCUGUUGCGUCAUUACUCGAGAUUUGUUUGCUUUUUGAAGUGCAUGAGGAAGCGUGUAGCAUCACGUCGUUGCGAAAAUCAAUAAAGGAAAACUCACACCCGUCGUAUGAUUUAUUCAAGGCUAUGUUUUUGAAAACAGUUGUUGUUUUAUUAGCAAUGUUAAGAAAAAAUUGCUCAUCAGAAAUUUUGCAUGCAGCAAUAAAGCUCUUUCACGCUCAACUAGGAGCUUCUGGAAUAUGUGAUGCAGCAAAUGGUAUAUUUUUAAGAGUCUCGCAAGAAUAUCUCAGUGGGCUAGAUGGAACAGAUGAAGAUAAGAGUCAAUUGAUCAAGUGUAGAUAUCACUAUAAUAUCGGAAUUGAAGGCUUCUCCCCCUUCGAUCACGGCACUCAGAUCAAGGAAAAUUUAGUUGAGAAUGAUUGUGAAGAGUUGGCCAAAUUUGUUUUGCCAUUAUGUUUUCACACAAAUACUAUCAAAAAUGUACCUAAACACGACAUGAAGGUGAUAAUUGAGGAGAUGUAUGAAGUUAUAGGUGAUCCUGACUUUGAAAAUGAUGAAGUUUUGAGUAGAAACAAAGCGAUGCUUGAUUACUUCUUGGACUCAACGCAGCUUACCCCAAGAUUUGUGCGUGACACUUUUCAUGGAUUAAUGAGUUUGGAGUUUGAUGUUACAAAAUCUAAAUUUGGGUCCAGCGGAUUAUACUAUCUUCAAGGCUUGUUGAUAUUCUCCUCAUACAAGUUGCGUAAGAAAAACAUGCAGGGAAGGGCAGUCGAAAUUGAAAAUGCGAUCACAUUGUUUAAGAAUGAUUUAAUUUGCGGGGGAAACCGCAUGGAGAGCUGGUUUUUGAUGGGCCAAGCUUAUGGCUAUUUGGUAGAGGACGACUUGAUUUGGACUUCAGAUAAAUUGACGGUAAUGGAUAGGAAAAUUGGAACUGCUAAUUUGCAAAGAAAGUCGCUCAUUUGUUAUCUCAUGGCUAUUAAUUGCACUCUUGAUGAGCUGGUUAAAGAGCGCAUCAAGCCAAUAGUAGGGAGCUUAAUGUCGUUGUUUGCAAAAGAAUUAUUUGGAGCUGUUUCCAUGCCAAUGGAUAUGCUCGCAUUAAAGGUUCAAUCACAGCCAAAGUUUGUUAGAAGCCUUACUGGGGCAUCAUUUUUAAAUGCUUCCGAAAAGCCCGCCUUACCACAGAUGUUUUGCUUUAAACUAAUUAAACAGUCAUUUCAUUUGGCUAUCCGAGCGGAAGAUGCGGACUGGUCAGACUUUUACUAUCUAUCUAAAACACAACGCAAAUUGAACGAUCCUCCCAUUCAAGUUUUGAACACCAUGGCGAAUGCCUGUGCAAUGGUGUCAAAGGCAAAACAACCCGAGUUUAUUAUUGAACCAUUUUAUUCAUUGGUGUCGUUAUGCAUGAAGUAUGUCAAGCUGAAUGAAAUCACACCUGGAGAGGGGCUAGGCUAUUUGCGUCGAGUGCCUCUAGUAAACAUCGAAGUUGAAGAGGUCAGCUCAAAGAAGGAGUUUUACGAUAUCAUUGUGACGGCUUUGAAACAAAUUGAUGCUUCUGAUAGAAAAAACUGGCAACAUCGAGCCAAAUAUAGACUCGCGAGAGUUCUUUAUGAUGAAUACAAGGAUGUUGAUGGGGCCGCUGCAAUAAUGUCAAACUUUAUAUCGCUAAAAUCUGUCAACAAGCAAUUGGUACUGAUUUGGAAACCAGAAGCAGAGCGUCCAGGAAAACAUUUUUUGUACACAUACCAAUACAUCCGAUUUUACGUUGAAUUAUUAAAAGCAAAGAAGGAUAUCAAUAGCUUAAUUACUAUGAUGCCCAAACUUCGCCGUUCGAGUUCAAUCAUGGUUAACUUAUACAAUGCGUGGGAAUUUCUUUGUUCUACAAUUUGCAAAAUGAUGAGAAAUGCCUUAAGCGUGGGGGACUCAUUCCUGUACACCGAUCAUUUCAUCAACAACUUGUCUUAUCUGGUUUUCACCACAAAUGUGAAAUCGAUGCUUGAGUCGUUGGAAAAAAACGGAGUUCCAUCUGAUUUGGUACCCCAUUUAUGUUUUCUACAUGGCGCUAAUGAUAUGAAGAAAUCGAAUAAUGGAUAUGGUCCCACCUCUUUCAUUGAUGAUACAAUAGUAACAAUCUUUUUUAAGAUAUACACAUAUUACAACAAGGACACGAACUUUUAUUCUACUUUUACUUCGCCUGGUUUGAAAAAGAAGAUUGCUAAAAAGGAUACUUUCCCACUAACGACUGAGUUGUUAAAAUUCGGUAAGAAGGAAGUCGAUUCGAAAUUGGGCGCUUCAAACAAGGGUUAUAACGUAGCUUUGGAUGAGCUAUUGGCUCAGCGUGAUGAACAAUUAAAGAGAGAGGCCCUAGUGUUGGAUACUUCAGAAGAGCCCGAAGGAAUGCUGCCUCAAAACCGGCUGGAUGUGGCAAGAAAAAACACUGAAACAAAUUCUUUCACACCAAGCAAAUUGAAGGAAGAAGCUGUGGAUGCAACUGUUGUAGGUGUACAGACAAUCCAAGAGAAAAAAUCAGCUGUGGCAUCCUCUGAUGACAAUGUCAAGCGGUUUUUGGUACCUGCAACGUAUGUUAACAUUCAAGACAAUGCAGAAACAGCAUCGCGUGAUGUUACAUCUGAAACAAACGGAGGAAACAAAAGACCGCUUGAGACGCAGUUCAACCCAUUGAAUAAAGAGGUGAUUGUCAUUGACUCUGAUGGCGAUUCAGAAGUGGAUGAGAGACCGGCAAAGAGAAGUAAAUAA